AUGUCGUACAGUAGAGCCGACAGAGACGGCGACAACGGCUCCCUCCUCUCCCCCAUCGCCUACGACGACGACGCCUCUUCCCUCCACAGCCGCAGCGCCCAGGACACGGACAGCGAUGACGACCAGCUGCAGAAGGCGGCCCGGAACAGCCGCGAGCUGCGGGCUCACGACCGCAUCGUGCUGAUGGAGGAGGAGGAGACGGAUCGUCUCGUGACGAGGUCGCGGCGGCAGCAGGAGCGCGAGAAGCGGAGCCCGGUGCUGACGGUGCCGAACCCCUUCAACGUCUUCGGACGGAUGCCGAGCCGGAGCCCGAGCCGCAGCCCGAGCGCGAGCCCGUCGAGGGGACCGGCCGCCGGCGGCUCGACCGAGGACAUGAGGACGGCGGAGAAGCGGGCGAGCCGACGGCAGAGGCGCCGCGAGCGCCGCGAGCGGCUCUUCGACGAGGCCCGCGACGGCGAGGACGGAGGCCUCAUGUACGAGCUCGAGGAGGGCGGCAUGAAGGAGGGCAGCUCGACGGGCGACAGCAGCGAGGGCGGCGCCGACGCCGAUCGCCGCCAGCUGCGCCUCUCGACGCAGACAAGGGGGAACGCCGGCCGGAGCUGGCGCCGCUGGGUCCUCAUCCACUCGCUCCUCGCCAUCGGCUUCGCCAUCCUCGUCCUCGGCGCCUGGAAGAUGUCGAGGAAGCACAAGGGCAGAAAGGAGCCGACGGCGUCGGCGGCCGGCCUCGUCAGCAACGGCACGGCCCUGUUCGCGCCGACGACCAUCAUCGUCAGCCUCGACGGCUUCCGGGCCGACUUCCUCCGCCGCGGCAUCACGCCGCGGCUCAACGCCUUCGUCCGGGAGGGCGUGUCCCCCAAGUACAUGCUGCCGUCGUUCCCGUCCGUCACCUUCCCGAACCACUACACGCUCGCCACCGGACUCUACCCGGAGAGCCACGGGGUGGUGGGCAACACCUUCUGGGACCCCGACCUCGCGGCCGAGUUCUACUACACCGACCCGCUCCGCAGCAUGGACCCGAAGUGGUGGGCGGGCGAGCCGUUCUGGGUCACGGCCGAGCUGCAGGGCAUUCGGACCGCCGUGCACAUGUGGCCCGGCAGCGAGGCCCACAUCAUGGGCGUCGAGCCGAGCCUCCUCGACAAGUACAACGGAAAGGAGAAGCUCGAGAACAAGGUGUCGAGGGUGCUCGAGUUCCUCGACCUGCCGGGCGAGGAGGCCGAAGGCGAGUCCGCCGCCGACGAGAGCAAAGGCAAGGCCAGGCGACCGCGGCUCAUCGCGGCGUACGUGCCCGACGUCGACAGCGACGGCCACAAGCACGGGCCCAACAGCACCGAGAUUGGCUCGACCAUCGCUCGCGUCGACGCCAUGAUGGACCGGCUGUUCAAGGGCCUCGACGAGCGCAACCUGACGGGCAUCGUCAACGUCAUCGUCGUCUCGGACCACGGCAUGGCCACGACCGACGUCUCGCGCCUGCUGCAGCUCGAGGACCUCGUCGACACGUCCAAGAUUGCCCACACGGACGGCUGGCCGCUCUACGGGCUGCGGCCCAAGGACGACGCGGACCUGCCAUCGCUCCACGACGGGCUCAAGGCCAAGGCGGCGGCGAACCCCAACUUUGACGUCUACCUCCGCGACGUCGACAUGCCGGAGCGCUACCACUUCUCUCGCAACAGCCGGAUCGCGCCGCUGUGGAUCGUCCCCAAGACCGGCUGGGCCAUCGUCACCAAGAGCGAGUUCGACGUCGAGGAGGGCAAGAGGAAGGGCCUCGUCUACCACCCGCGCGGCCUGCACGGGUACGACCACGAGCACCCGCUGAUGAGGGCCAUCUUCAUCGCCCGCGGACCCGCGUUCCCGCACCCGGCCAACAGCGAGAUCGAGCCGUUCCAGAACAUCAACGUCUACAAUAUUUUGGCCGACUCGGUCGGCAUGGUGCCCCAGGCCAACAACGGAACGCUCCGGCUGCCCCUCAAGGCCGUCGGCACGCACAAGCCGGGCGAAGAGAUCGAGGUGCCCGACGAUCCACCGGCGGCGGCUACGGAGGCGGACACGACGACGAGUACGAUUGAGUCCGUGACCGAGGUCACCAUGUCGGCGAAGACGACGUCGACAUCCAACGCCACGACCACGACGGCUGCUUUGCCGUCCGGUCACCCGGAGCGACCGGUGCGCCCCGAGAAGCCGGUCAACGAUCGACCGACGCUCCCCGAGAAGCCUGUCGACGACCGACCGACGCUCCCCGAGCAGGCGGUCAACGAUCGACCGUCGCUCCCCGGCAAGCCGGUCAACGUGGACCGCCCCGUCGUGCCGUCGCGACCGACGUCGAAUGGCACGCAAAAGGCCGACGAGGGUCAAGGCAGGAAGGGGGAUGACGGUGUAGGCGCCGCCGUCGGCUCGGCCGUCGGCUCGGCCGUGGGAAAGGUGAAGAAGCUCUGGGUCUGGUUGAAGGACACGGUAGGACAUGCGUGGAACAAGAUGGCGGGCGGCGAUUGA